CUCACGCUGAGCCGCCUCCCGCACAAGGCGCCGCCUUCCGCAGAGCCGACUGUUUGCUUUUGCUUGCACGGCUGGGACUCCUGGGACUUCUCUGCGCCCACAUGUCGCUUGCGGCCCUGGCCAGGAGGUGCCUGCCGGUGCUGCCGGCCCGCCUGUCGCGCGCUUGCCCCCACGGAGGCCAAAGCGGUCGCCGUCCUCCUGGCGGGUUGAGCUACUCCACGAGGCCCGCCUUUCCGCCAGGACACCCCCGGGAGCUCAUCGGCAACCGGGACGUGGUGGGCUACGGCAAGAACGGUCAGCCUAACUAUUUCGACGACGAACGUUACCCCUACCCGGCCAUCCGCUGGCAGGAAAACAACCAGGAGAUCCACGCCCUGCGCGAGAAGGAGCGCGGCGACUGGAGACUGCUCACGGCCGAGGAGAAGCAGGCCCUGUACCGCGCCAGCUUCAAGCUCUCCUUUGCCGAGUUCCUCGCCAAGCCUCCGGGCGAGUGGAAGGACCACCUGGCGGCGCUGCUGCUGGUCGUCAGCCUGGCCCUGAUGCUGGAGCUGUGGUGCGAGCGCUACGCCUUCGUGUACCCGGAGCACGGCCUGCUGUCGGACCGCGACAAGACGUGGACGCUGUACGAGAUGAUCCGUCGGCACGCGGUCGGCCCCGCCUGGGACUACGAGAACAGCCGCUGGACGUCGCCGUGGCACGCCCACCCCUGGGACCGCUACUACCCGAUGGAGGAGCUGUUCGCCAGGAAGCCCAAGGACGCCGAGCCGCUGCCGCAGUACGCCAACGCGAGCGCGGCUAGCGACUCGGGCGGGCGGCGGGACCAGGACGACGGCGCGGGGCUGGCGGCCUCGUCUGUCCGCUGACGUGCCGCCCGGCGCGCGGGCCGUAGCCCGGGCCGUAGCCCCUGUGGAGCGGUGGGUAGGCAGACCCGCCACGCACGCGUGCAUCGACAGCUCCGAGGCUGCCUACCUCCCGGGGGCCAUGGGCCAUGGCUGCUGUCAGGGCAGGCUGGGCUGGGCUAGGGCCGCCGCCGCCGGGGACACAGAGGGCGAGCAGCCACUGGCGAGGGACACGGACCAGCGCUGCAGGCAGAUUGCACCUCCACUAUUUCACUGCCCCCCCCCCUCCGGCACCCUCUCCCCCACAUGGGACGCUCUCUCCCCCUCUGCAGCGGAGCGGCGCGUUGCAGAGCAGGCGCCAGCCGGGAACGCAAAGAAAUUGAAAGCAAAGCAAAAGCAAUUACGUCCCAGACCUAAUUGUCUGCGCGCAGAGCGAGCGCAGUGCCCUGCACAGGGGGCAGCGCGCGGCCGGCCGGCGAGGGGUCCUCUGUGCCAGUUGGAGACGACAACCGUUUCAUGUGACGGUCAAGUGUUUCGUAGUGUAAAAUAUGCCGAUUACGUUGUUAGUUUUUUAAGUCACAGGCUGUACGUGUUCACUACUGCAUUAUAUAGUGCUAUC